GGAGGCACAUACACUAAGGAGCAAUUAGAAAUCUUAGCGGCCUUACAAGGCUUGGCACAGAUGCACACAAAGGGAAUUCCCAAGAAACAUCUUAAAGAUUUAUUACUGUGGGUCAGACUUAAUUACCCACAUUCAGAGACCCGGUUGUUAUUUGAAAUGGGUUUCUGGCAGGAGGUCAAAAGGCACAUAUAUUUGCUAGCAACAGAAAAGGAUGAGGCAGCCUUGAAGUUAUUAUCUCCAGCAAGGAUUAUGUUGGAGGCGAUUUCGGCUGAAGCUAGAAGCGCAGCCGGGCAGUUAGAUGAUAAAAACCCCGGAAAGAAAAAGGGGGGUCAGGGCACGGGACAGAGACUAACUCUGGUCUCAGAUAGCCCGGGAAAAACUGUCCCCGAAGAAGAGGAGGAGCAGGAAAAAUUAGAACUGCCUUCACUUCCUAUUCCCCGAAAACCCAAGAAAACCCCAAAGCGUCCUGAGACCCCAGAGAAUUUAGGAGACUCAGACACCGAGUCAGACACGAGUCCUGUCUCAGAGCCAGGCGAUCCUGUGGGAGGGGAAAUUCCCGAGUUACAGGAGCCGAGGGCGGAAAAGACAGGAGGGGGUGUGGAGUCGCGAACGGGGGUGGAGGGGAGCGGGACCGGCACGGAGGCACCGAGCCGCGGCGACCGUGAUUACGCAAUAGGGGCGGCGUCGGGGGCGGCGGCGGCAACGGUCCCGGGCGGGGAAGGAGGAUCUGUGAGGGCAGGGGGGCAUAGCACGGGUGGUACGGGUGCCGUGCCGGAAGCGGCGGCUCAGAUGAUACGCGCGGGGCGGGAAGAGUGCGCGGGACCGGGGGCGCGCGGGAUUUCCGGGAAGGGCGGAAGCUCCACUGCGUCCAUCUCAGAUACGGGCAGUGAGGCGAGCGGAGCCUCAGAGACCCAGGCGGGGCCCGGCGGGAGGCGCAAGAAACGCAUGACAAUGACAUCACAACACCCGGAAACAGGGAUGCGGCGUUCUACCCGGAUCGCAGCGCGCACGCGGGCCAAAGCGCGGGGCGAGCUUGUCGCGAGGAGGCGGGGCGUGAAUACGACGUCAGAGGGGGAAGGAGAGUCGGAGGCGGAGACCGAGGGGGAGGCAUCGGAGACGGAGCAGGGCGGAGACAGUGACGUCAGCUCAGGGGAGACGGGGGGCGUUCCCGGGGCCGCGCGAGCACGGAGGGUGCGGGCGGAGCGCGGCAGGGGGAGGGUCCCGCCCCCGGCGGCAUCUCGGACGAGGAGGGGGCGUGGCCACAGCUCCAGUUCCCGGGCUCCACCCCUUCCCCGGUCCCGAUCCCCAUGGCUCCAGUCCCUGAAAGGCAGGCUUCACCCCCCCCAGGGGUACGUGCAGGUAUUCAGCCUACAUUGGCAGCCCAGGAAAAAACCGUGCGAACCCAAUCUCGUAGCAGGUCUGCAGCAAUGCAGCAAUUCUUUCCUACAAUAUAUAAAGGGAAAGGUGCAGAGAAAAAAGCGAUGUUACCAGAGCAGAUGGAUUACCCAUCGACCUCGGAGUUUCGAGGGUUUGAAAAUACGCCAUAUGGAGCGGAUCAACAGAGGGAUGAUGUGAUACAAAUCACAGCAUCUCAAGGCAUUCCUGCAUGGAUGUUUUCAGCAGCAGAGGCAGCGAGAAGCUUUGUGCAUUCACUCAACACAGCAAAAAAAAAAAAAACAAUCACGAAGAUCUCAAAUUUCCUUUUUACAUAUAGGGGCAAAGCCAAAACCCUCGUUUCAGAUGCAAAACGUGAGAAAAAAAAAAAAAAAAAAAAAAAAAAAAAAAAUUGUCCAAAAUCAGAGAAAAGUGAGAAAGCACCAGGCUUUUGCCCAAGAUACAGGAAAAAGGAAGGGAAAAUCAAUGCAAAUCAGUGUUGUUCUAAAUAUGAUGUAGAUGGAAAUCUUCUGUUUUGAAAAAUGCCUCUCAGGGAGAGAGAGAGAUGGUACCAUAUAAAGAUAGAAGCAUUAGUAAGGAUUCAAUUACUUGAAGUUCUCUGAAGACAGAGCAUUUGAGAAACAUUAUUCAGAUCCUAUCUGUGGGGUCAUCAGCUGAUUCUCCAAUGGUUCAGAGUUUUAGGGAUUGUUGUCAUUGAGUUUGUAACCUUUGUUAGAUUUUAUAGGUAAGACUGAUAAAUAAGGAUUGCUGUUAAUGUUAUAUGAAUACUUUAAAAAGGUUGUCUUAACUCCUUCUAAUACUUCCUGUUGAUAAGUUGAUUAUAUAAUGAGAAUUCUCAGAAUUUGUGAUAAGAAUUAUUAUCAGGGUAUUGUAAUGUUUAUAGCCAGUCAGUGUUUUACUAUCUCUUUUGUGUGAAGCCACAUGUCUCUUCAGAAUCUUGUCUUAUUUCCUAACUACUCACAGGUUUUUGGAUUUCUUUUAAAUCCAGAUUGCCUCUCUUGUGGUUUUCUUCAUUUAUUGUUUCUUCAGUUAUUACAGAGGUACCUCAGCCAAGAUUUCAAGAAGUCUACUGUGUUUGAAGAAUUUCCAUCCCAACAGAAGUUUCAGAGGGAUCCAAUUAUUAAAUGGUUUGAUAGAUCUUUAAUCCUAAGGUUUCUUAUUCAUAAUUGCUGUUUUUAAGAGUCUCAUUUUAAGAAUGUGCUAAGUGAUAUCCAUCAAUUAGAGUUCGGGCUCUGGCCAAGUCCUAGCUCUACUUGAAUGGAGUGAUUGACAAUCAGCCCAGAUGUUUUCUGCAUCAAAAAGUAUUCAAGUCCUUUUGGCUUGGCAAUUUGACCGUCUAUGAUAGCUGAACCUGUUUUCAGAGAGAGUUUGGAGAAACAUGAAUCCGGACAUGGAUUCUCCAGUUCUCUGCUGUUGUAAGGUUCAUCAGCUGUCGCAGACUCUGGGAUGACAGUUCAGUGUUGUAGUGUUUGACAAUUGUAUGAUUGCAGAUGUGUUAUUGGUUAUGUGUAUUAUCUAAUUAAUCUCUAAUUGCUGUCAUUUUACAUUUCCCUAUGCAAUUGCAUAGAGACUGAAACGGAGUUGAUCAAUGUUUUAUUUUCAUAUCAGGACCCAUUCUUCACCUCCAAGAUUUUGAGAAAAUCCUCCAGUCUCUUCGGGGACAUGGAUUUGUUUGUGUUUUAGCGGGUACAAAAGUCCAGGUGAACCCCAGUGAAGAAUGUGAAACUCCAUCCAGUGCAAGACAAUGUUGACAAGAAGCGCAGGCAAGAAAACGCUGGCCAUUCCAUAAGCAGAAAAGAAGAUGUACAGAUGUGGACUGCACAGAGAUUCCAACCCUUGUGCUUUGCCCAUAGAAGGCUGUGGACUUUGGGUCACUUCAUGGGUGUGGGAAUCAGUGGUGUUGUAAAAUGUUGUUAGAUGAUAGCUUGUUAUACUUUUGUAAGGCUUUUAGUUCUCUUGUUCAUUAUGCCAUGUGUUCUUCUGUGUGUACGACGUGCAAUGAGUCAAGUUACCAGACAAGUGCUUUUUGUGCAAAGAGAGGGGGGAGAUGUGGGAACUCAGCGCAUCACCUCGGAUGCUCUGAGUCCCAGGGAGACCCCUUGGGGGGCUCAGAAGUCCUGGAAUGUAGCCAAAGGCACCUGGUGGCUUGAUUUUGACCCUUCAAGGGUCGUGCUAUCAAAGCAUGAGGAUAUGGAAGUUUCAGAGGUUUGAAUGGUGUAGGGCAGGUGUUUUUAUAGAAUAGAAUAUAGGUUUUAAGAUUUUGGUACAGGGGGGUCUAAUGGAGGCAAGAUGGAGGAUUCAGGCCCGACCUCGUGGCUUUUCUCCUUCUUCUUGUCAUCCAUCUUCUCUGUGAUGUGUGCAUUUUAGAUUGGUUCAUACUAAAGGUACACUGUUUAAUAAAGGUGAUGGGUAUUGGAGAAAAAUUGUAAAUAUCACAUACGCAAUUAUCAGUAUAAGAAUGUGCGACCGCCCUAAAGGGGCAGAGAGUGCUUGUGGCUGCCUUGCUGGUCAGAUCUCGGCUGGGCAGAACAAAAACCUUAGAGAUAAGCUUUAAUAAACAACCUGAAGACUGAA